CACUAGCUGUGAGCUCCUGAGGAGUCAGGCCUGAGUCUGUGGGUCAUCUGGCACAUCCUUAAUAGAAUGAUUGCCUGGAUGCGACCACCCUCACACCCCACCCUCACAUACCCCACCAGCAUGCCUCAGACCUUACUCCAGCUCCAGAUAAGUCUCAGAUUGCAGGACCCCUGGUGCAGGGAACAAAGGUGAAUGAUUGUCCUGUGAGCCUCCUGUUGACUGAUUCUGUUUUACAUGGCUGCACAGAACCCUGUGGUUGUUUGGGGUUGGUGGUGGCUUCUGUAUUAGUCACUUCUGCAUGAACGAGUUCACUCAGGAUCUGAGGCCACAGUUCCUUUCUUAGUCACUCACCCAUCUGGCAUACUUGAAAUUAAUCAGACAAACAUUGUUCCUAGUUAACAUAUCCUUGGAAGUUUCUCAGCUAUAAGGAAGAGGUCUUGGUGGCUAGGGGACCUUUCUCCGUAUCCUGUUCUAUCCAGUGAGAGCCUAGAGGGUGCUGCCCAGCCACAUUCUGGCUAGCCUCAGCUAUUCUCCUGAAAAAAAUUGGCAUCUGACAACCUGGAUGGUGACUAUAGGUAGUCAAAUCCAGCUGACUGGUCUCCUAGGAUCUUCUAUGGAGCUGCAAGGCCCCUGAAAUGAUACUGGCAGUGUUGGGACAGCAUGUCCAAAGACCUGUUUUUUUCAGAACCGGUCUCAGCAAAAUGUCUUGCCAGCUUCUACAGUUCCCCUAAGUACAUGAUAACUGAAACCCUUCUAGAGCCCCCCAGCAAUGGGCUUGUGCUUUUAGUAGAAUAUGUGCUUGCUGGCAUUUAGGGGUAAGAAGGUAGGCCCCUCACCAUUUCCUGUACAGAGAAAAGAGACACCAUCACUCAUUUAUUCAUUUAACAAAUGCUCUCCAAGCCACUACUAGGUGCCAAGCACUGCCUAGGUCCUGGGGAUACAGUGGAGACUGAGAUGGAGCCAGUUCUUGCCCAUAGGGAUCUCACAGCUUAGUGAGGGAGAAAGCCAAAGAAUCAAAAUACAGAGAGGGUCUGAGGGGUCCAUUUUGAGAGCCAUCAUAGUGGUGAGGAGCAUGAGUGCUAGAGUUGGGCUGAUCAAAUCCCAGCCUGCCAUUGGCUAGCCUUGUGACUUUGAGCAAGUUAUCUUACUUCGUGGAACCUCAGGUUUCUCUUCCGUAAAACGGGGAAGUUGGAUAGGGUUAUUAUAAGGAUUGAAAUGCAUUUAUACUUGUAAAGCAUAAGUACUGGCUCAGGGUCAGCACUCAAUAAAUGGUAGUUAUACCUACUUUUAUUAGGAAGUGAUAAACCUUGAGCAAAACCCCUUAGAGUAUAAGGCAUAAUAUUCUUACAUAUUUUUAAAAUUUAAAAGUAAAAACAUCUUGAUCUUUAUAAUCAGUCCACCACAAAGAAGAGAUGGAGAAAUCACCCUUCCUUGUUUUGUUAUCUAUGGGGUGCAAACAUUUAAUCCUCCCAACUGUCAAAAAAGUAGGGAUUUUCACAGCCUGUUUUACAGCAGAGGAAACUGCUAUUCAGAGAGGUUAAGUAAAUUUGCCCAGUGUUAUACAUCUAAUAAAUGGCUGAGCUGGAAUCAAGGCCAGUUCUUAUUUGGCUGCAAAAUUCAUGUUUUAUGCAGCUCCUCCAGUAUCUUGGCCUCCAAGGUAGCUGGCUCUGAACGCUACCCUUGCAGCCCAGUCAGCCAACCCUUUGCUCUCCUGAAGCUUUUGCUGGCGGGCCAGCCCCACCUGCUUUCCUUGUGCACUCUGACUUGGACCCUGAAGUGAGAAGAGUUGGCACAGGACAUCUUACUUCCCUGAAAGCAGUACCUGGACUUUUCUGUAUCUUCACAACCACUGGGCAUUGGGCAAAUGGGUCAUGCAGAUGAAAAUCAUCCAAGAAAAGAGACACGGGAGUGAAAUUCACACCCGCUCUGGCUUUCAGACCGUGGGUCUGAACAUUAGCCCAUGGUGUUUCUUGGCUGUACUGACCUGUGCCAUUUCAGCUGCAUUCUUCUCAGUUGGUGUUGUCUGCUGGCUGCUCUUUCUGAUUUCCCACAGGAGCAGUAAGAGCCUGAGGAAGAGUAGGGUCAGAGGAGUCUGGGAGAAUGAGGAAAUAUGAGAGCCCCAGGAACUGAAAAGGCCUGUGAGAGACUCUGAGCUUCCUGGGAACAGCUCUCAGGUGAUGGCGAUGCUGCUGUUCCAUGGCCCCUUCUUUAAGCAGCGUUGCUUUGUAAUCCGGAGGAGCUCAGAAGCGGCAGUUAUUUGAAGGAGCAGACUAGCCAUGAAGGUGGGGUGGAGGUGGAGGAAGAUUUAAGGAAAAGCUUCCUGGAGGAGGCGCAAGCGAACUGCAGGAGCUUUCCCGGACGCCCGAGAAAGGGAGAAACCCCGAAGGAAUUCCUCCCCUCUCGGGGCUGGGUCUCCGCAUCCACGCCGGAUUUGGUUUCCCAGGCUAUCCCACGUGUUCGGGCGUCCCUGUCAAUCAAGUUUUUCCCCGGCUGGGUCCGGGUUUAAAGGCAGCUGCUGCGCAGGGCGCUCCCAUGGUGCCGCGCGGCGGGCGGGUUUGGAUUUUAAAUCCCCGCGGCCAAUCAGUGGCGCGCAGGCUUUUGUAACGUUCCCAGCGCCGCGUUUGAAUUCGGGGAGGAGCUGAGCGGUGCGGAGCGUCUGCUUGGAUCCAGGUCAGCAGAGCAGCUCCAGGAGCAUGAGUGCGGCGGUGACUGCAGGGAAGCUGGCACGGGCACCGGCCGACCCUGGGAAAGCCGGGGUCCCCGGAGUUGCAGCUCCUGGAGCUCCGGCGGCGGCUCCACCGGCGAAAGAGAUCCCGGAGGUCCUAGUGGACCCACGCAGCCGGCGGCGCUAUGUGCGGGGCCGCUUUUUGGGCAAGGGUGGCUUUGCCAAGUGCUUCGAGAUCUCGGACGCGGACACCAAGGAGGUGUUCGCGGGCAAGAUUGUGCCUAAGUCUCUGCUGCUUAAGCCGCACCAGAGGGAGAAGAUGUCCAUGGAAAUAUCCAUUCACCGCAGCCUCGCCCACCAGCACGUCGUAGGAUUCCACGGCUUUUUCGAGGACAACGACUUCGUGUUCGUGGUGUUGGAGCUCUGCCGCCGGAGGUCUCUCCUGGAGCUGCACAAGAGGAGGAAAGCCCUGACUGAGCCUGAGGCCCGAUACUACCUAAGGCAAAUUGUGCUUGGCUGUCAGUACCUGCACCGAAACCGAGUUAUUCACCGAGACCUCAAGCUGGGCAACCUUUUCCUGAAUGAAGAUCUGGAGGUGAAAAUAGGGGAUUUUGGACUGGCAACCAAAGUCGAAUAUGACGGGGAGAGGAAGAAGACCCUGUGCGGGACUCCUAAUUACAUAGCUCCUGAGGUGCUGAGCAAGAAAGGGCACAGUUUCGAGGUGGAUGUGUGGUCUAUUGGGUGUAUCAUGUAUACCUUGUUAGUGGGCAAACCACCUUUUGAGACUUCUUGCCUAAAAGAGACCUACCUCCGGAUCAAGAAGAAUGAAUACAGUAUUCCCAAGCACAUCAACCCCGUGGCCGCCUCCCUCAUCCAGAAGAUGCUUCAGACAGAUCCCACUGCCCGCCCAACCAUUAAUGAGCUGCUUAACGACGAGUUCUUUACUUCUGGCUAUAUCCCUGCCCGUCUCCCCAUCACCUGCCUGACCAUUCCACCGAGGUUUUCAAUUGCUCCCAGCAGCCUGGACCCCAGCAACCGGAAGCCCCUCACAGUCCUCAAUAAAGGCUUGGAGAACCCCCUGCCUGAGCGUACCCGGGAAAAGGAAGAACCAGUGGUUCGAGAGACAGGUGAGGUGGUCGACUGCCACCUCAGUGACAUGCUGCAGCAGCUGCACAGUGUCAAUGCCUCCAAGCCCUCGGAGCGCGGGCUGGUCAGGCAAGAGGAGGCUGAGGAUCCUGCCUGCAUCCCCAUCUUCUGGGUCAGCAAGUGGGUGGACUAUUCGGACAAGUACGGCCUUGGGUAUCAGCUCUGUGAUAACAGCGUGGGGGUGCUCUUCAAUGACUCAACACGCCUCAUCCUCUACAACGAUGGUGACAGCCUGCAGUACAUAGAGCGUGACGGCACCGAGUCCUACCUCACCGUGAGUUCCCAUCCCAACUCCUUGAUGAAGAAGAUCACCCUCCUUAAAUAUUUCCGCAAUUACAUGAGUGAGCAUUUGCUGAAGGCAGGUGCCAACAUCACGCCGCGUGAAGGUGAUGAGCUCGCCCGGCUGCCCUACCUGCGGACCUGGUUCCGCACCCGCAGUGCCAUCAUCCUGCACCUCAGCAAUGGCAGCGUGCAGAUCAACUUCUUCCAGGAUCACACCAAGCUCAUCUUGUGCCCACUGAUGGCAGCCGUGACCUACAUCGAUGAGAAGCGGGACUUCCGCACGUACCGCCUGAGUCUCCUGGAGGAGUACGGCUGCUGCAAGGAGCUGGCCAGCCGGCUCCGCUAUGCCCGCACUAUGGUGGACAAGCUGCUGAGCUCACGCUCGGCCAGCAACCGCCUCAAGGCCUCCUAAUAGCUGCCCUCCCCUCCGGACUGGUGCCCUCCUCACUCCCACCAGCAUCUGGGGCCCAUACUGGUUGGCUCCUGCGGUGCCAUGUCUGCAGUGUGCCCCCCAGCCCCGGUGGCUGGGCAGAGCUGCAUCAUCCUUGCAGGUGGGGGUUGCUGUGUAAGUUAUUUUUGUACAUGUUCGGGUGUGGGUUCUACAGCCUCGUCCCCUCCCCCUCAACCCCACCAUAUGAAUUGUACAGAAUAUUUCUAUUGAGUUCGGAACUGUCCUUUCCUUGGCUUUAUACACAUUAAACAGAUGUGAAUCUUC